CUGGAAUUAAUUCAGGACAGUGUCAUGUUUGGAAUACUAUUGGGGUCCACUGAAAAUUGCGCAAAAUGGACGGAACUAUUAAGGAGGCGUUGUCAGUGGUGAGUGAAGACCAGUCCUUGUUUGAGCCUCCAUACGCUGCUGCAGCUCCCUUACCUAAGACAGACAUGACUGCAUCCAGUGCACAAGACUAUGGACAACCCCACAAAAUCAACCCUCUGCCCCCACAGCAGGAGUGGAUCAACCAGCCAGUGCGGGUCAACGUCAAACGCGAGUAUGACCACAUUAAUGGAUCCAGAGAAUCCCCGGUGGACUGCAGUGUGGGCAAAUGCAAUAAGAUUGUGGGGGCGUCAGAUGCAUCUCAGAUGAACUAUGGAGGUUACAUGGACGAGAAGAAUGCCCCACCCCCAAACAUGACGACCAAUGAGAGGAGAGUUAUAGUCCCUGCAGAUCCAACUCUCUGGUCCCCGGACCAUGUCAGACAGUGGCUGGAGUGGGCCAUUAAGGAGUACGGACUUUUGGAGAUCGACACAACCAUGUUUCAGAACACAGACGGCAAAGAACUCUGCAAGAUGAGCAAGGAGGACUUCCUGAGGCUCACCAGUGUCUACAACGCAGAAGUCCUGCUCUCACACCUUAAUUACCUCAGGGAAAGUAGCUCAUCAUUAUCAUACAACGCACCAUCUCACACGGACCAAUCACCACGUCUGCCAACCAAAGAAGACUCCUCAUACGAUGCUGUGAGGAGGACAGGCUGGUCAAACAACAUGCAUAGUGGGAAAGCAGCCUCUCCUGCCGUGGUGACCCAGAAUGUAUCUAAGACCCCCCCAGAGCAAGCACGGCCCCAGCCAGAUCCAUACCAAAUCCUUGGACCCACCAGCAGUCGACUUGCAAACCCAGGCUCAGGUCAGAUCCAGCUGUGGCAGUUUCUGUUGGAGCUCCUGUCAGACAGUGCUAACGCUGGCUGUAUCACCUGGGAGGGCACUAACGGCGAGUUUAAGAUGACCGAUCCAGACGAGGUGGCGCGGCGUUGGGGCGAACGCAAGAGCAAACCAAACAUGAACUAUGACAAGCUGAGCCGCGCACUGCGCUACUAUUACGACAAGAACAUCAUGACCAAGGUGCAUGGCAAACGCUAUGCUUACAAAUUCGACUUCCACGGCAUAGCCCAGGCCCUGCAGCCCCACCCUACCGAAUCCUCCAUGUACAAGUACCCCUCUGACCUGACGUACAUGCCAUCCUACCACGCCCACCAGCAGAAAGUCAACUUUGUCUCACCACACCCGCCCUCAAUGCCCGUCACCUCUUCCAACUUUUUCGGCCCCACCGCCCCCUACUGGAGCUCACCCACGGCGGGCAUAUACCCCAGCGCCAGCGUCCCACGCCACCCUAACUCCCAUGUGCCCUCACACCUGGGCACUUACUACUAAAAUCCUUUCUCCUCAGCCUCCCGCCAAACAACACAGCCGAGCUAGUGCUGCACUUGGAACAGAAACGGAAAGACGCUCGAAGGGGGAAGGGAGUUUGACUUUUUUCUUUCUUUCUCAAGUCUUAAAUUGUCUGAACUCAUAAAAAUUAAGGAGGUUGACUAAAUGAAAAAAAAAAAGAAAAAAAAAAACUAACUGGAUUAUGGAUCCACUCAGAAAUGGUGUACUACUUAUUCUUCACACAGGACGAGUGACUUUGUUUGCUUGUUGUUUGUUUCAGAGCUUGUCUGUGUUUUUGUGCCUUUAAAACUCCUUGGAAAGCUGCAAGUAUGGGCCAGACAGCAUUAACUACCACAAACCACCCAAAACAAAACAAAAACAACAAAAAUAACAACAGCAAAACAGUAAGACAAAUAACUGGAGUCUACUACCUACAGAGAAUUAAUGAACCAAUCAACGCUCAGUUUCAAUGUUUUGCCUCUGUAUUGUUUUACUCCAAGGAUGAGCCCCAGUCCUGUGGGUCUGAACCCUCUCUGAAACUUGUGUCUUUUCUUGAUUGGCUUUGCCUAAUUUUGUGUCGUUCGUCCAUCUGUCUGCCCAUCUGUCUGUCUGUCUGUCUGCCUGUCUGUCUGUCUGACCAUCCUCUUGUUUCGGGCAUGUUUGGAAAUUCAAGGGACACUGAAAAUUAGGAUGUCUGAAAAAAAAAAUCUGGCAACUGGAAAAGGCUGCCAUUCACCUGUUACUUCUCCUUGUAACUGGAAGCCGAAAAGUCAAAAAUGGCUGUUGUAAGUUGCUGUUCACUGCCAGACCAGUUAACCCAGGUCUGCAGUUUUUGCCUAUGCUCUAAGCCUCCUGUAUGCUGAAGAUUUGUGUGUCACCAAGCCAGUACUGAUGUGAAAGCUCUGUGAUCAAGUGGAAAAAAAAAAUUGUUUGUUUGUUUGUUUGUUUUUGUUUUUUUGUUUUUUUUACUGGUUUGCCAUCUUAUGUCUGUGCAGAGCUGAAAUUAUCUAUCUUCU